AUGCUUAAUUUUCUGAGCUGAAUAAUUUACCAAAGCAUAUUUAUCCUUUUUUCAGAAACAAAAGAUUGAGAAGCCUUGAGAUAUAAAGAUCAAGAAGAUAAAGCCCAAGACGAUCAUUAUAACUGAGCCAAAGGAAGAGGAAAAACAUAAAAAUAAUCAACCAAAAUUGAUGAUAAAGCCAGUACUUUCAAGCCUUUUUAAGGAUCAGCUUCCAAUGGAGAUCAGGCUACCAGCUACCCAACAGAAGAGGGGGUCUAGGAACUUUGUCUUUUCAGGACAAAAAACUGCUUUAGCCAAAAGUAACCUGGAAAGUAUCGCUAUGAAUAAGUUCGGAUCAUAUACUCCUAUUUAACAGAUGUGAGGACUUCAAUUGG